AUAGACAUUACCAGAGGCUGCCUGAUGGUGAAGUGGUUAUUUAGUAAAUCUUUCUCCUUUAAGGUUUCCGUUAUCAGAGACCAUCUGAAAACACCAGCCUCGUUUUGUCUUUGGGGGUAGAUACUGGGUUUCAUCAAGUCAGCCCUGUUGGGUAAUAUUUCUGUCUGCCAGAUUUAGGGACAGGCCUCCGAUACUUUGAGUCACCUUUACAUGGAGCACAAAGAUGAUGAUGAUGAUGAUGUGUCUUUUGCCAAAUGGAUGAGCAGCUUCUGGGGUCACAGCUGGAUAGAGGAGGAAGAGAGAGGACUCCGGGACCGCCACGGAUCACAAGACGCCAGUUACAGGAAAACCUCCCUGCCCUGCCCAGAAAAAGGUCCUACUGAUCAAGAAGAUAAAAUUUCAGUUCAACAUGAGACUUGUUUGUUUCCUGUGCUUCCCAGAAUCAUGUCAUCUGACAGCCAUCCUAGGAGGCAUUCUUAUGAGGACCAGGGAGUCCGAAGCCGUACCCAUGUGCAGGAUUACAGAAAAUGCUCAGGGGAUGGGUCAUUCAAGGAGUCACUGGAAUCAAAAGGAAGAUCCCAUUCCAAAAUUCAGGCAUUUUCAGAGUCCUCUGAAGAGCAACUGUGCUUCAGAACCAAACGCUCUGUCUCUUUGGGACCUGAGAGCAGAAAGGAGAGAAAUGGGAGAGAAUGCUGGAGACUGGAGAUGAUGAGGUCUCGCAAGAAAGUGGAGGAAAGAAGGAGCUCUAGGAAGGAAGAACGCGAAGAAGCACACACGCCCGCCCUGCCUGAGAAAGGGCCCGAGUAGUCCUUUGCUGCCACACCAUGACUACAGAUGCUGCUGGGUUUCUGAGCCCCAGUCACCAGGCCCAGGAGUGGCGGCUGUCAGAGAGUGUCUGCAGAUGCUGAGUGACUCGAGGGGGUGGUUGGUUCAGCUCCUCCCCAAAACAGCUUACAUCAUACUCUGACUGCUUUUGAGAGCGUGAUCUGCUCUGUUGCCCUUCUAUGGGAAUAAAAAGAAUAAAAGGUAUUUUAAUAGAAUAAAGUAAUUCUUGAAAAUGUAAAGAUAGAUAUUUAAAGAGCCACCCACACAUGUUCACCAACCCUUCCUUCACGUCAGCCUGGCAAAUAAUCUGAAAUAAAAGUCAUUGGUGUGACUCUAAGUUUACUUCUUUGUAUAGAAGUAAUUAU